AUGAAACUUUUCAUCCUCUUCUCUCUCCUGUCCCUCACCAUGGCACAAGCCUUGGGACAGACCAAUCUCUGGGACAACUUAUGGCAAAAAAUUGCGAGUGCCCUCAAUUUCUAUGGAGAUGUCGAUGAGAAGGUUCAGGAUUUUCUAGAACCGGCGAGACAAACGGUGAAUGCGUGGAAAGUGAGAACCUGCAUCUACCUCAACGACAUCCCUCCAAUCAACCCAGACGUCGACCAGGAUCCGAUGAGUAGGGCUCUUGCAACAGCUGUCAUUCAAAUCCGUAUAAUCUCUGCUCGUCUUGUUUGUGGAGGAUAA